GGGGAGAGACCUGUGUUUUUGCUUCUGUCCCGGCUCCGCACAGGGUAAGGUGAGGCCUCUCCUGCCACAGUGGCGUUUCCCUCACAUUUCAUUCUCUUCCUUUGGUCCCGCCUGCAAACGCCAGACAGCCCAGUGGGCCCGGGGGAAACGACCAUCAGAGACUGAAGCAAGUCUGAGAGCUCGAACACAGGCGUCCCGUUUGGAAGUGUCCAAGGAGACCGCCAGAAGUGCGCCAGCCGGAGUCUGAGAGUUUCCUUCUGGCCGAGAGGGGGAGCCCCGCGUUCCCAGCCGGGAGCGACCCGGAGUCCCGAGCCUCGAGCCCCAGCCGCCGCCAGUUUUAGCUUCAGCGGGUUGGGAAGAGGAGGGAGGGGGCAGAGAGCGCGAAGAGGGAGGGCACCGGGGCCGGAGGGUCCCGAGUCCAGCGCUGUCUCGACGUCGAGAAACUUUCCCUCUCGGCCGCAGAAACGGCGCCCCGGCCGUGUCGGAGCGGAGAUCGCUCGGCGGCGAGGACGCGGCAGCGCUCCACGCCCCUGCCCGAAGCCUGAUCCGACCGCAUCAGUCCGUAAGUCAUAUGUGAUUCCAUCUGAUAUACAUAGGAGAGAAAGUGACUGAAGAACUCAGAUGGCAACUAUAUGAUUGAAACUAUUCAAAGUCAAACAGCUGCAUAUUCUUCCAACUAUAUCCGAGCGUACUCAGGAUAUCAACUGUGAUUGAACUCAACGUCUGUUUGGCUGAUCAUCAUGAAUCGUGCUUUUAGCAGAAAGAAAGACAAAACAUGGAUGCAUACGCCUGAAGCUUUAUCAAAACAUUACAUUCCCUAUAAUGCAAAGUUUCUUGGCAGUACAGAAGUGGAGCAGCCUAAAGGAACAGAAGUUGUAAGAGAUGCUGUGAGGAAACUAAAGUUUGCAAGACAUAUCAAGAAGUCUGAAGGCCAGAAAAUUCCUAAAGUUGAGCUGCAAAUAUCAAUAUAUGGAGUAAAAAUUCUAGAACCUAAAACAAAGGAAGUCCAACACAAUUGCCAGCUUCAUAGAAUAUCAUUUUGUGCUGAUGAUAAAACUGACAAGAGGAUAUUCACUUUCAUAUGCAAAGAUUCUGAGUCAAAUAAACAUUUGUGCUAUGUAUUUGACAGCGAAAAGUGUGCUGAAGAAAUAACUUUAACAAUUGGCCAAGCAUUUGACCUGGCAUACAGGAAAUUUCUAGAAUCUGGAGGGAAAGAUGUCGAAACAAGAAAACAGAUCGCAGGAUUACAGAAAAGAAUUCAAGACUUAGAAACCGAAAACAUGGAACUUAAAAACAGAGUGCAAGAUUUGGAAAGCCAAUUAAGAAUAACCCAAGUAUCAACAUCUCCACUGCUGCACCAAGUGUCUGAUCAUGAGCAACAUGGGUUUCAGAGAUGCUCAUCCUCUUUCUGGCGUAGUAGUGAUGAUGAUUCAUCUUCCUGUCUAAAUAUUUCUUCCAUUACUGUCACUCCUGUCAACUCGCCUGAUUCCAGACUGUCAUUGGGACUGUUAAUACCACCACCUUCUAAAUGUGGCCUUCCCAAGCCAAUCAGUGAGAGCAGCAUCCCAAGACCUCAUGCAGGCAGUGUGACACCUAAGUCACCCUCCACUGACAUCUUCGAUAUGAUACCAUUUUCUCCAAUAUCACACCCAUCUUCAACACCUACCCGCAAUGGCACACAGCCACCUCCAAUACCUAGUAGAUCUACUGAGAUUAAACGGGACCUGUUUGGAGCAGAACCUUUUGACCCAUUUAACUGUGGAGCAGGGGAUUUCCCUCCAGAUAUUCAAUCAAAAUUAGAUGAGAUGCAGGAGGGGUUCAAAAUGGGACUAACUCUUGAAGGCACAGUAUUUUGUCUCGACCCAUUAGACAGCAGGUGCUGAUGUCAAGAACAAGAGAUCCAGAUUUGUGUUUAAUUUGUUUUCUAUACAUAUACAUCAUUCAUUAUUAUUUUAUGAAAGGUAGUAUUCAUGUGCCAAUAUAUUUUUGAAAAUCUUAACUUUUUGAAAAUUAUUUUAGUAAAAUGUUCAUUAUUGAUCUAUAACAUUUAUUUCAAAAACAACUAAUUGUAAAGUAAAUCAUACUUUUAUGUUCCUUUCUGUUUCUCUUGUAGAUGAAUUUAUAAUCAAAAAACAGAUUACCCAAAUAUCUGUCUUGUGUCUGAGUUCUAAAUAAUUAGCAUCUUGAAAUUUGUGUUCAUUCUCCAGGCUGCUAGUUUAUUAUUGAUUCCCAAAAGCCAUACUUUAAUGAUACCUUUCAAAGUCUUGACAAGAUAUACCAAUGCCAAGCUAAAUAUGUUCUAUAUUCAAACCAAUAAACAUGUUACCAUCCAUUAGACAGAUGUUAUUUUAUGGAUUAAAUGUUGUUCAUGUCAUUGCAAAAUGUAAACUUUGAAUAUAAUGCCACGAGGUCAUUUGUAGCAAGUAAAAUAGCAAAAAUAUAAUUUCCAAUAAUAAUUAAAGCAAAUAGAGUAUUUGUUAGCAAAAACAAAGUAAUAGUGUUAUCUAUUAUUAUCAGUUAUACUCUAAGUCUUUUAUUUAUUUCAUAAGUAAAGAUUAUGGGAAAAAAUGAACAUUUGCUCUUCACAAAACACUUAAUAUUUAAUUUCUAAUGAGAUAAGAUAGACACCUAUCUAAUGAGAUAAGGAUUUACAUUGCUAAGCAUCUCAAUAUCAUCUGAGCUAAUAUUUCCUAAAAAAAUAUUUGGAAUUUAGGCUGUCUAUGGUUGCAAUGUCUAUUACCCAUGUAUACUUUACCAACUAUAUUUUUUCUCACUGAAUAAAAUUAUUCUUCUCAUAUUUUCUCCUUUUCAUAGAUAUUUUCUCACCAAAUUUUAUUUUGUGAUGACCCAUUAGUUUUGAUAUUUUGAAAUCUAUGACAACUAUUCUUUAUGAAUCAUCAAUAUUAUUUAGCAAAUUUAAUUUGUAUUUGUUUUUGUUGAAGUCAGAAUCUCAUUUUUCACAAAAACCAAGUGGCUUCUCAGUUUGGUUCAACAUAAACAAUAAAAUUUUCUUGUACUUAAUUCAUAAUGUGUUGAUGAGCUCUGACCCUUAAAAAUGUUUGUUUCCUAUGCAUUUGCCCAUUAUGUAACAAGCUUUAGUUUGUACUCAGUGCAAGAAAAAUCUAUGGUCAAAAUUUAAAAUUUGGUUCAUCACAUCAUAAGAAAAAUAGAUUAAUGAAAAUAUGAGCUUAGAUUAGGGGUAGAUCUUAAAAGUAGAUUUUUAUUUUACUCAUGGGAAUUUCUGUCAAGUGCUAAAGGUACAUAUUCAGUAGGAAAAGAAAUCAAAUAUGCUUAUGCAAUAUUAUAUUUGUAUGUAUCUUCAUGAUGUUCUAUGGUAUAUAUAAGCCUUGUUUUCUGUUAUCUGCUAAGUUGUACCUUAAUUAGAGGUUAGUAUAUGUUUCAUAAAGAAGAAUCUUUAUAAUUUUGUUUGUCAUAUAGUAUUUUGGAAUUUGUAUAAUGAGGAUGUUUAGAAGCCAUUUCAAUGGCUUUUUUUUUAACAGAUAGAAUUUGUAUUUUUAUUGUACUUUAAAAAGCUUUAUGUAAUAGGUAUAUAUUUAGCAGCCAUUUAUUAUCAAUGGUAACACAAUAGAGUACUAAGAUGGUAUUUGCACACUUAAGACACGUUACUUUACCAAUUUUUAAUGGUAAUCCGUUCUACUGGCAUGACUAAAUAGUACAUAAUUGCUCAUUAAUUAUGAACAUUUAUUUCACCAGUGCAUUUUUAUGAAGAUCCAGUUGAAAAUUGUAUUUCUAUGUAAACUCAAUGAUAUGUUUGAUUUUGCUGAGAAUAAAUAAUUUUAAAUAAAUAAAUGGUGUAAUUUACUCA